AUCCUCGCCAUCGUCGUCCUCGUCAGCCCCGCCGCCGACGCCAUCUUGCCCGGCCGCCACCGCCAUCUUGCCCGCCCCGGGCCCGCCCCACGGCCGGUAGCGGCGCAGCUGCGCCAGCGGCAGCCCCAGGGCCUCGUCGGCGAACAGCACCCUCCGCGGGGCCACCGCUGCCUCGACUGAGGCCUGAAGCCAGUCUUGCAGACGGGUUGGAGUGGACAUUGGAUGACAGAACUCUGGGUCAUGCAGGGCACUGGAGAGCCAAGGGCAGGGAGUCUCAGCCACAGCCUGUCAGGAGAAGCCCCUGGGGGCUGGUCUCCCCUGUUGACCAUUGGUUGGAGGGGGUGCCUGCGGAGGUGAGGAAAUGCAGCCGCCAAGUCUUGGACAACCUGAAACCUUCAAGCCCCCAGAAGAAUCUCCAAAUCUCAGAACCUCCCUAUCAUUGCAGCCUAGAAUUUAAAACCUGAGACCGUUGUGCUCAAGGAAACCUGGCGGUUUCAAAGCCCAGCACCAAUGGAACGCAGGGCCCCUAUCCUCCAGCUCUGUGAUAUUGGGCAAGUUGCCCGACUACUUCGUGCCUCCGUUUUCCCCAUCUGUAUAACGGCCAUGACGACAAGAUGGAAAUCCAAGGGCUGUGGUGAGGAUUGAACACGAUAAUUGUGAAAAGUGUUCGGCGGUGCAUCUGGCACAUGGAAAAUCUGAGAAAUUGUCGGCUACGGGGAUGAUGGUGGAUAUUUAGAAUCCUAAAUCCUUGGAAACUGGGACUUUUCGAAGUAGAAAAUCGCAAAGGCUGAGGGCCUCAGAAGCAUCGGGCCAUGGUGUCCCUGACCAUGAGAAGGUUGGGGUCCCAACGAGCCUCUCUAGGCUUUGUGAGGAUGGAUUCAUUAAUACUGGGGCCUGGUUGGGACCUUCCCCUCUGGGUCAGAGCUCUCAGGCCCUAAGAUGUAAUGAGGCAAGACUUUUCUCCCUUUCCUCACUCAGUGAUGUUCAGUGGAUUCUGGGAGCCAAUGAUUCUCAGACUCUUGGAUUCUGUGAAUUGUCGGGGGUAGGGAGGGACUCCCUGAUUUUUUCUCCAUGAAGUAAUUUCCAUGCCUCUCACCCUCUGUGAGAAGAUGGGUUGCAAGAGUAUCCGGAGCUCCCACCCCUGGGCAGUAAGACCGUGAUGACCGUAUCAAUUCCACUUAAGGGGAAACUGAGGCCUGGACCAGAGCAAGGCCUCUGGAAACGCAGCCCUAUUCCAUUUCUUUCCCUGGUGUUUCCCAUCCACAUGUAGCAUCUCAGUUCCUUUCUUCCUUUCCCCAGAGACCCUCAAAUAUCCCCUCACUCACAGAGUGGCAUCUCUCCCUGCCUGGGAUGUCCCUGUGAUUUGAGUUCUUUUCCCUUUUUUUCUAACUCUACACACUUUUGUUUUAAAAACUGUAGUUUCUCAUGAGCCCUGUUAUCUCAUUGAUACCUCUCACCUCUGUAGUGAGGGGAAGAAAUCAUAUUUUCAGAUGACUCGUAAAGGGCAAACAAAAAACCCAAAAUUUCAAAAUUUCCGUUUAAGUCUCAUAAUCAAGAAGAGGAGAAACAGAGCGAGCGAGUGAGAGAGAGAGCGAGAGAGAAAAAACUAUGAGAACCCCCCCCACCCCGUGAUUAUCAGCGUACACACUCAUCGAAAAAAAAAAUUGGAUUAUUAGAAGAGAGAGGUCUGUGGCUUCCACACCGUGGUUUUUCUUCUCGGUAUAAAAGCAAAGUUGUUUUUGAUAUGUGACAGUUUCCCACAAGCCAGGCUGAUCCUUUUCUGUCAGUCCACUUCACCAAGCCUGCCCUCGGACAAGGACCCAAUGCCCAACCCCAGGCCAGCCAAGCCCUUGGCCCCUUCCUUGGUACUCAGCCCAUCCCCAGGAGCCUUGCCCAGCUGGAGGGCUGCACCCAAGGCCUCAGACCAGCUGGGAGCCAAGGGCCCAGGGACAACCUUCCAGGGCCGGGACCUCCGAGGUGGGGCUCACGCCUCCUCUUCCUCCUUGAACCCCAUGCCACCAUCGCAGCUGCAGCUGCCCACAGUGCCCCUCGUCAUGGUGGCACCCUCUGGAGCACGGCUGGGUCCCUCGCCCCACUUGCAGGCACUCCUCCAGGACAGGCCACACUUUGUGCACCAGCUCUCAACGGUGGAUGCCCAUGCCCGGACCCCUGUGCUGCAGGUGCGCCCACUGGACAGCCCAGCUAUGAUCAGCCUCCCGCCACCCACUGCUGCUACGGGGGUCUUCUCCCUCAAGGCCCGGCCCGGCCUGCCACCUGGGAUCAACGUGGCCAGCCUGGAAUGGGUGUCCAGGGAGCCAGCACUGCUCUGCACCUUCCCAAGCCCCGGUGUGCCCAGGAAGGACAGGUCAGUGUGCAGGGCUGGGAAGGACCCUUGCCCUGCCAUCCCCUCCUCUGACACACUUUGUCCCCCCAGCACCCUUUCAACCAUGCCCCAGGGCUCCUACUCACUGCUAGCAAAUGGUGUCUGCAAGUGGCCCGGAUGUGAGAAGGUCUUCGAGGAGCCAGAGGACUUCCUCAAGCACUGCCAGGCAGACCAUCUCCUGGAUGAGAAGGGCAGGGCACAGUGUCUCCUCCAGAGGGAGGUGGUGCAGUCUCUGGAGCAACAGCUGGUGCUGGAGAAGGAGAAGCUGGGUGCUAUGCAAGCCCACCUGGCUGGGAAGAUGGCCCCAACCAAGGCUCCAUCCACGGCAUCAUCCGACAAGGGCUCCUGCUGUAUCGUAGCCACUGGCACCCCGGGCACCACUGUCCCAGCCUGGCCGGGUCCCCAAGAGGCCCCUGAAGGCCUGUUUGCUGUGCGGAGGCACCUCUGGGGCAGCCAUGCAAACAGCACGAUCCCAGAGUUCUUCCACAACAUGGACUACUUCAAGUUUCACAACAUGCGGCCCCCUUUCACCUAUGCCACCCUCAUCCGCUGGGCCAUCCUGGAGGCUCCCGAGAAGCAGCGGACACUCAACGAGAUCUAUCACUGGUUCACACACAUGUUCGCCUUCUUCAGAAACCACCCUGCCACCUGGAAGAACGCCAUCCGCCACAACCUGAGCCUGCAUAAGUGCUUCGUGCGCGUGGAGAGUGAGAAGGGGGCCGUGUGGACCGUGGAUGAGUUUGAGUUCCGCAAGAAGAGGAGCCAGAGGCCCAGCAGGUGUUCCAACCCCACACCCGGCUCCUGACCUCAAAGCCAAGGAAAGAAGGAAGGACAGGGGCCAAAACGGGGGAGUAGAAGUGGCUGGAGGCAGGGGUGACCGGCCCUGAACGUCCCUGCAGGGACCAAGAAGUAAGGUGUGCACCAUCUUGCUGGCCAGGGACCCUGCUCCCCAGCUGACUGCCCUCCUGGAUCACAUGCUCUGCACCAAGGCUGCUCAGAGGGACCUUGGCCCCAACCCCACACCCCCGCCCCAGCCCCCUGCGACCGGCUCUCCAGCCAAACUGAGCCUUCACAACCGACCACACACACAGCCUGCCUCAGUCGCUCUCACAGAUGACCUUAGGGCUGGAAAGGACACAGAGAGUCGCAAUCCUGUCCCUUGGACUCAAUACAAACCCUAAAACACGAAGAGCCUGCCUCAGUACACUCACACCACCUCAAAUCCGCAGUCACACAAACAGUCACACCCAAGCACAGUCCUGUCAACCCACAUGCCCCAAAGCACACACCCGUAGCCAGCUUCCAGGCCCACAGGUGCAGCGUCACACGGGGCAUGCCCAGACACCCGCACAGAAGCAGCCUCGGUACCUUCAGGAUCUCAGGUCCCAGAAAGCCACACAGACACAUGCUGGUCACACACGGUAUCACACAGCUCCCGACACAGACGCUCAGUCGCACAGACUUUCUGAACUCACCUGCAUAUCUCACACACCCACAAAGCACCCCAGUGGGCGUCCUGAGUCCCACGCAGACACCCAGGGCCAUGCACACCGACUCACCAAAUGUACCCAGUGUCUCACCUGCCACCCGCCCCCUCCCCCAUCCUGAGCCCUGUGCCCUGUGCCCCCAUCCAUGCCUCAGCUUAGACUGCAGACAGAGCCCCUCAUUUAUUUGAGAUCCAAGGCCCCAACCCCCAGCACCCUCCGCAAUAAACUGCA